UGGGCCAUUCAAGCAUAUUGACGUCCCAGUCGUUUCUGAGCAUUUAUAAAGUCAAUCUCGAAAAUCUCGAAUCCAUCCAAGUCAGUCCAUCAUGUCAGGACGAGGCAGAGCAGCGAUAUCGAGGGAAGAGGAAAGGAGAAAGAAGAGGACAUCUCUCACGGAGAUGGCGGGUCUGAUAUUCCCGGUCGCUCGAAUCCGUCGUUAUCUGCGUAAGGGUCGGUACGCCAGGAUUAUUGGCACCGGUGCUGCGAUCUACCUAGCAGCAGUCCUCGAGUACCUUUCGGCUGAGCUGUUGGAGUUGGGCGGCAACGCAGCCCUAGAGAACAAGAGGAAGACGAUAAAUCCCCGUUACCUGCAACUGGCUAUUCGUAAUGACGAGGAACUGGAUAAACUGCUUCAAGGAGUAACGAUCGUUCGGGGCGGUGUUCUGCCGAACAUCCAUGCGGUACUCCUGCCGAAAAAGCCAUUAACUAAAAAUUAACUCGACAGUUACUCGGCUAGCUAUUUUCCUUGCAAUCCCUAAAACAAUCGGCCCUUUUCAGGGCCACCACAUUUCUAUAACGUAUGAUAAUCUAG